GAUGGUAAUUGGAGGCAGACUAUUUAUGACGCACACGGUCCUGCUUUACUGCUGUUGUCCCUCACUUUGCCUCUGUCUUCCCUCUGGCCUCUAUAACUUGUACAUUUUGUUUAUCACUUAAGAUACCACACAUCUGGUUUUGCCUCAUCUGGUCAAAUCAGCAGAAAGGGGAGGGAGUGAAACAGGACACAGCUUAAAAACGUGAGCAGCCCCUCCUUCCUUGGUGCGAUGACGGAGACGAAAUGUCCAAAGAAAAUGCCGGGGCAGGUUUGUUUAUAUGCAGUCGAGGACGAUUUUGGAAGGAAUGGGGAGGAAAGCAGGAACCAAAUAAAGGAAAAGAGUCAAGUCACGUGGGAGUAGGAAGGAAGAGGGGGAGAGAGAGAGGGAGAAAGGGAACGGUUGGGUCAGAGAGAGGAGGGGAGAUGGUGUUGGUCGAUUCGAGAGGGAAGCUUGUUAAGAGCCAAACAUUGGAAGGGGGGGGGUGUACAGGAAAUGAGCUCUCCAUCCUGCAGUUAAAUCUGACCUCUUGGCUCACGAUCAAAUGCUCUUCCAUCCAAAUACCAUAGAGUCUCUGUCCUGGGCACGGGCUGAGGGAGGGACAGAGGGAAAAGAGGGAGGGAGACUGGGCACUUCCCCAGCCGUCUGUCUGCGAUUUCCAGAUAUACAGGGAGGGAGAGCGAGUCCUCGAAACUACCUUCUGCUUCACACAGAGAGAACAACACGUCCCCCUCUGCCACCAACAUCCACACACUUGUUCCGAUGCCAUGAGACGGCUCUAAAAAGACCGACGUGCUCAGCCGAGCGUUCCUCAGACACGCAGAGGUCUCGUCCUCACUCCCACUCCUUCACUCGAGGGCAUUGAGGUGGCGCUUAAAAAACGGGGCGCUAUUAAUAGCUGGAUGCCGGACCAAGCUGAUGGACAGCGCUGAAGUCAAACUCUUGUCCAACAUUAUUUAAAUCCUGCCUCUACUUCUAGUAGGACUAUUCUUUUGUUUUGUCAUUUUAUUUAUUUGAUUUUUUCUGAGCCUGAACUCGGACUUCAAUGGAAGACUUCCAACUCUGGUUUUGAGUGGAAACUGCCUUUCCCGUUUGGCGGUGAAGGUUUUUUUUUUUUUCCUUUUCUUUUCUUCCCCCCUUUGCUCACGUAAUUGCUUGCGUAUUAGCACUAAUUGGAGGUAGGAGGUUAUAGGAACUUACUGGAUCAGCCAGCGAUGGAAUGGAGCGUGUGGGUUGCAGGAGCUGAGGAGACCUCCCUUUGCAUGGUUGACGAGUUUCGGAGACCUUAUUUCACCUCGGCUCCACUCUCAGACCUUCAUGUACAGCGAGAGGGACUAGUAUAUUCAGACUCGGCUCGGCUUCUUGAGCGUAUUUAGCCUCGGCGCAGCUUCUCUGGAUCUUCAUGCUCUCUAGUUCGAUCGAUUUCCCUUUUAAGAUGCGGCGCUUUGCCAAGCUCAAAAAAACCUUCCCGUUUCUUGCACAUUUCCAUGUGUACAGAGUAAGUAUACCUUGUAGUCGUAUGUUUUGCUGCGUGGUUGUGUUUGGCCAUGUCUGCAUGAUGCUUGUUAUGUGUGCAGUAUAUAUGGACAGCGUUACAUCGGACCAGCGUCUGUACUUUGUCAAUGCCUAAAGUCUUCACGUGUCUUUCUAAUGUAGUCGCGUAAUUAUAUUACAACGGGAUGCUUCACUGUGGACCAGCAAUAUUCCUCUUCAGGCAUCUCCUUUUUCUUUACCAGUGGCCCACAUCUGGAGUAACUAAUCAGCUGAUUAAUAAACGCUCCUGAUCUGAUUAGUCUUUGCCUUUGUCCAGGGUAUGAAAAAAGUUCAAUGUUCAGGGUACGGGUACUCCAGCACCAGGAACCACUCUGCUAUUAUUAUAUCAUCAAAUUUCUUCUCCAGCCUGUGGUUCCUUUCUUCAGGGACGUUCCCAUGCAAUAAUGGCUUGUAAAAUUUUAUUAAACAAGGCAAUGACUCCAUAAAAAGUCACUAUAAAAAGCUCUAUGCUUAUUGUGUGUAUGUGCGUUUGUGUAGCCACUUUUUGGUCCAAAAUUAUGGACUCUAUACGAGGAACUUAGCCAGUGCUUACUUAUUGGAGGCCUCGAACGAGGUUCCCAACCACGAUCGAAAAGUAUAUGACAUGGUGUGUCCUUAAAGGCAGACAUUUCGUAUUUUGUCGUCUUCCCUGCGUUGACACUUGAUCUAACUAAUCAGCUAGUUGACGGGUCUUUCCUGAGUCGACACGCAGGGGUUCUGCAGGACCACGGUCGGGAACCGCUGGCCUAGCUUUAACCUUAUGUCGCACAUGACCGCUGUGCGUCACUGGUUCAGCCUGGCUGGACCCUCGGUCAUUGGUUCCUUCCUGUCGUGAUGGUUUGUGGUCUUUCGACGAGCGUCAGUGGCCUCAGGACUGCUUUGGCAGAGGAGAAUUGCACCCGUCAUAAUAGACUAUGAUGCAUUGUUUCUUGUCAACACAUUUGGUCGCGUCGCACACGAUGAACUGAUGGUGUUCAACGACUUCCACGUUUGCCUCCUUUAAUUUUUUACACGUAGCAGUCACGCGAUUUUAUUCGUUACGCCUUGGACGAGUGAGCCAGAUGUUCUGGCAACGCAGCUGUGAGACUUUUAUAUAUUAACCAGCACAUGUUGCACAUAGCGACGGCUUAAGUAAUACCCCAGGGAGUGACGCUGGUGAUUUCAGUCUGAAAAUAUGUCCUAGUGAAGGCAUUAAAAGUCUCAUGCUGUUUAUUUUCCCUCCCUCGCCUUCUCUCUUUCAGUCCUCAGUCCUCUUGGGAUGUUCGCAGUAUGCAUUCCUCGCCGUUCUGCGACAAGUGACACCCAGCGACCACCGCACACUUCCUUCGUUCUUUUCCCCGCGUCGUAUAUCCCGUCAAGUCCCACAUGGGGACUUGUACAGCCGACGUUCCACGACAGCAGUGUGAACAGUGAUACGGUGAAGGUUUCUGUAAGGUGACCCUCGCUAAACGUUUUUGGAAGGAGCCUCCAGUGUCAGCGCGUCCCCAAACGCCAGCGGUAAAAAUAUAACUUUUUAAAUUCUUCAAGUCAUCAGGACAGAGGGCUUUACGGUUUCCCUGUAAGAUGACGGGCUAACUUUUUUUUCUGCCUGAACUUCAAGAGAGUCUGGUGUUAAUAGCCGUUACGAGCGCCAACAGGAUAGAACUCGUUUUACAGACCUCCCGCGAGUCAUUGAGUCACGAGUCAUUCUUUUAACUACUAAAAAAAUAAAUAAAAGUUAAUCGUUCGGUAUUCGAAGAAUAAAACACUUCAGGAUAUUCUAGGAAAGUAACGAACUUCAGCAUGCCCAUUCAUGUUUAUUUCUUGCGUCAGGCCUUGCGUUAACUGAGACGUUUUUUUAUUAGUAUUAUUAUUUCUCUCGGUAUUUCAUCACCGAGUGGUGCCAGUGAUUAAAACUGACUCGUUCGCUGCGAUUUCAUUCUGCUGAUUUCUUCAUAACGGUAAUUGGCUGUAAAUAGUUAUUUUGAGUCAUAUUCACCAGGAAUGGCUGUGAUGACUGUGUCAGGCGUUACCACUUUAUCGUAGCGAGUAAAGAAACGUAAAAAAAAUGAGCCUUAGAACUUCAGGAAAAAAAACUCCAAAUAUGGUUUGUCUUGGCUGAACUCGAGUGGGAAAUAAUUUGGUCGAACUACUGUUUUAUGCGACAAAUACUUGUACUUUCUACCCAGCAAAUUUUAGAAAAAAACAAAAACGAUUUAUGCUCAAGGACUUUUAAUAAACAGGAAGUAACCAAUUUAAUUUCCUUUUAAUAAACAGGAAGUAGCCAAUUUAUACUGGACUUCAACACUGCAUUCUUGUAUUGGAUAUUGGCCCAAAUCAGACUUUUUUAUUUUUAAAAGUUUUAUACUUUUUGUUUAUUUAUUUAUUUGUGCUGUCUGGAUCUCAAGUCUUUGGUCUGCUGUCUAGGCUCGGAAACGGAGACCUCCUUCUUAAGUAUACGUGCUACGUUCAUAACCGUCAUCCGGACCAUACGCAUGCUAUUUUUCUGCGUGACUCCAUUGUGGUUCGGCUCUUUCCCACGUCAAUGGCGUGAUUGACCGAAGGCAGUGCGGCUCCAGAUCUUAAUGGGCGAACUGGAAGGGACGAGGCCGCGAUCCUCGUGACCUCCGGCCUUUCAUGUGUCAAUACAGGAAGCUCGCGUUGCACAAAGGCGCGAUUCUGCUGCCGGACUUCCAGCAAACCUGCGCACAUCGACUCCCCCUCACUUUUGUUCUUCGAGCAGCUGCCCGUUACUGGAGCGCUGACCUUCCCCGUACUCUACGAAUUCGGCUAUUAUUGCGUUGUGUAACCUCGCCGAAAACAAUAACGCUUCUGUUUCACACGCGAGGCCUCUUCCUCCAUCUCCGCCGUACGUCCGAGUCAAAUCUCACGUCGCGAGUUAGUUUCCAGGUCCGUUUCGAUCCCAGGUCUCCAGUUAUGGACAUGAGAUUUGUGCUAAAGCUAUAGAUUUAGAGGAAGUUUAAAAAAAAAAAGAAGACGCAGCAGCCUCAGACAUCUACUGGUCGUUUAGCAGAACGAUUCGUGACGUCGGAGUCGCUUUGACGUAAGAGGUCCUGUUCCAAGGUGAUUUUAUGAACGACACAGAGUAGUGCUCUUCUAAAUUCCUCUCCAAACCUUGUUAAGAAAGAGACGGACAGCGAGGCGGAGGAAAAGAAAGAAGGAGAGGGAGGGAGGGAGGGAGGCGUCAGAAAUUAAACGCAGCUGACGUCUGAUAUGAUUUUCCACAUAAAAAAAAAAGUGAGUACAAAGAAAAGAACGGCAGUAAAACCCUCACAUUUAUCACGACUCUUCCCAGCAGCAGUGCGUCAGCAUCUGGACGCGUCUCGGAAAAUUCUUCAACCGGGUCUGAAAUGCAAGCUGGGCAGCGGUAUGCAGUGUGAAGAAGGCACUGAGUGGCUCCUGGAGCUGCUGAUGGAGGUGCAGCUGCAGCAGUAUUUCCUCCUCAUCCGCGACGACCUCAACGUCACGCGCCUGUCGCACUUCGACUACGUCAAGAACGAAGACCUCGAGAAGAUCGGCAUGGGUCGACCCGGACAGAGACGGCUGUGGGAGGCGGUGAAGAGGAGAAAAGCGAUGUGCAAGCGCAAGUCUUGGAUGAGUAAGGUGUUCAGCGGGAAGAGGCCAGACGGAGAUUUUCAGCCGCAGGCGACCAGCACUUUCCGGAAGCUUUCGAGCACUCCUCCGCCUACAGACGGCCAGCAGCAGGCCCUCACCUGCCUGAUCAGCGAGAAGGAGCUGGUGCUGUGCGAGAAGCUCGGAGACGGUUCGUUUGGCGUGGUGAAGCGUGGAGAGUGGGUCACCCCCGGGGGAAAAGUGUUGAACGUGGCGGUGAAGUGUCUGAAGACGGACGUCCUGAACCAGCCGGACGCUCUGGACGACUUCAUCCGCGAGGUCAACGCCAUGCACUCGCUCGACCACCAGAACCUCAUCCGUCUCUACGGAGUCGUCCUCACGCACCCCAUGAAGAUGGUGACGGAGCUGGCUCCUCUCGGCUCUUUGCUGGACCGCUUGCGGAAGACCCAGGGCCACUUCCUCAUCUCCACGCUGUGCCAGUACGCCAUCCAGAUCGCUAACGGUAUGGCCUACCUGGAGACCAGGCGCUUCAUCCACCGCGACCUAGCUGCCCGCAACAUCCUGCUGGCCUCCAACGAGCUCGUCAAGAUCGGCGACUUCGGCCUGAUGAGGGCGCUGCCCAACAACGACGAUCAUUACGUCAUGCAGGAGCACCGCAAGGUCCCUUUCGCCUGGUGUGCCCCGGAGAGCCUGAAGACACGCACGUUUUCCCACGCUACGGACACGUGGAUGUUCGGGGUGACCCUGUGGGAGAUGUGCACCUACGGUCAGGAGCCGUGGCUCGGCCUCAACGGCAGUCAGAUCCUCCAUAAGAUCGACAAGGAGGGCGAGAGGCUGCCGAAGCCCGAGGACUGUCCCCAGGACAUCUAUAACGUCAUGCUGCAGUGCUGGGCGCAGAAACCCGACGACAGGCCUACGUUCGUGGCUCUCCGAGAGUUCCUGAUGGAGACCAUGCCGACCGACAUGAGGGCGCUGCAGGACUUCGACGAGCCUGACAAGCUGCACAUCCAGAUCAACGACGUCAUCACCAUCAUCGAGGGCAGGGCAGAGAAUUAUUGGUGGCGAGGGCAGAACAAGAGCACAAUGAAGGUGGGUCAGUUCCCCAGGAACGCGGUCACUUCGGUAGCCGGACUGUCUGCUCACGACAUCAGCCGGCCUCUGAAGAACAGCUUCAUCCACACGGGCCACGGAGACACCAACCCUCAGCGCUGCUGGGGCUUCCCGGAUCGGAUAGACGAUCUGUAUCUGGGGAACCCCAUGGACCCUCCGGAUGUCCUCGGGCUGGAUCUGAACGCUCCCAGGCCCACGCAGCUUCCCGGGCGAGCCAAAAAGCCAAACUACGACCCAGUUACAGAGGACCUGACGUCCUCCGGUCUGAGGCGCCUCUCGUUAAAAAAGCCCAGCACAAAAGGCCUGAAACUGAAACCGUCAGCUUGGGUUUCAGCCACCAGGCUGAGCGAUCGCUCCAUUUAUGGCCUCCGAACUCCAGGAAGUGGUACUCCCACGGAGGUCUCUCUUAUAGACUUUGGAGAGGAAAUGUUCUCCUCUACCCCCUCUCCUGUUGUCGAGUCCCAGGUCCCUAGUCUCGCUCGGUUGGCCCUGGAGGCUGAGAACAUCUUGGAUUGUACCCCACCCCAGAGUCCGUCCCGGUCUCUGCCUCGGCCGCUCCACCCCACACCGGUGGUAGACUGGGACUCGAGACCUCUUCCUCCUCCUCCAGCGUACGAUGACGUAGCACAGGACGAAGACGACAUCGAGGUGAGCUCGAUCAACAGCACAGAGAUGAGAGUUCCCGACGAACCAGGCUCUCCGUAUGCUCCCUGUACUCCUGCGUACGAAGACAAACUCCGAGUAGACAAUGAUCUCUUCCUCCCCUGCAAGCAGAGCCGAUCUCACACCUUCUCACAAUCGGCCGAGAUCUUCCAGGAGCUCCAGCAGGAGUGCAUGAGGCGUCUGAACGUCCCCGUAGGCUCCGUGAGUCCUGAUCCCUACCGCCAGAUCUUCCUGUCGACCUGCGAAGACAAGCCCCAGGUCCCACCUCGAGUCCCGAUCCCACCUCGACCUCCAAAAAGCACAGGAAGCGACUGUGCCCGCUGGUCACGUGACCUGUCUCCAGCCUCGUGCGGGGAGGACGAGAAAGAGCGUCCGCCCCAGAUCCCCCCGAGGGAUCCGCUGUCUCAGCCGGGCUCUCGCACGCCUAGCCCCUUGAACCGUACCACACACUACCUCUCCACCUCGCCAGGCAAACUGAUGCCCACCACGCAGAGCUUUGCCUCUGACCCCAAAUACGCCGCGCCCAAAGUCAUUCAGGCCCAAGGCAAAGACAAGGAAGCAACCAAAGGACCCUGCAUACUGCCCAUCGUCCGAGACGGCAAGAAAGUGAGCAACACGCACUACUACCUGCUGCCCGAGAGGCCCACGUACCUAGACCGCUACGACAAGUUCUUCAAAGAGGCUGAAGAGGACGAGAGGAGGCCGGUCAACACGGCCACGGUCCGACCCAUGGUGCAACACCAGGGAGACACAAAAUCGAACUUCUCCUGCAAUAAUAACUGCAGCCUUCCAGCCAGAGCAGGAAUUACGAACUCCCUGAGCUUGAACAAAGUCAUCACCGAAGGCCUGGGCAGCAGGGCGGAAGGAGCGGCUCACCCUGAAAGAGUUAAACUGGUGCAGGAGGCGGUGCACGGAGUGACGAUUGAGGAGUGUCAGACGGCCUUGCAGAACCACAGCUGGAACAUGCAGAAGGCUGUGCACUAUCUGAAGGUCGAGCAGCUCUUCUGUCUGGGUCUGAAGUCCAGGGUGGAGUGUCAUAAGAUCCUAGAGAUGUGUGACUGGAACCUGGAGCUGGCCAGCACUCAGCUUUUAGACUCUUACGGCUCCGUCAAACAGACGCGAUGAGGAAACUCCACAGACGAGCACGUCUUCAUCUUCGUCCUCAUCCUCCCCUCAUCAGAGACUGAACUGAACGUCGUUGUCUAGAGAACACUAGGAACGAGGGUCUCCCUCUCCCAAAGCUCGCGUCCUCUCUCUCUCUCGGCUAUACCGAAGGACUCGCGUCGUGUCCGUGUGCGUAUCCUCAGAACCAAGCGUCUUCCUCCAGAACCGCUACUCAAGGUGCACUACUGAGUUCAGAGGUCAAACGUCCAUCCAUUUUUAUUUGCUCUGUGUCAUGAACAUAAAAAAAAAAAGAAUAGUUGAAACCAAAGUGCUGCUGGUCCGUUCGAGGAUGAUGAUUUUUUUUGUUUUGUUUUGUUUUUUAAAUUUUUCUUUUAUUUUAUACAGAGAUUUAUUUGAUAACCAAUAAACGGAGACUUUCAGAUGGA